CCGGCUCUAAGAUGGCGGCUCCUAGCCUUCUGCUCGGUCUCUUGCCCAGCUCCAAGAUGGCGGCUUUGCUCCCCCAUUAGGCACUGCACCUUCCCUGCGCACGCGCCCCUCCUAUGCGCGCGGGCCUCUGACGUCACUUCCUCUUGUGCAGCAGCCAUUUUGUCUUUCCGUUGCUGCUGCUGCCCGAGCUUCUCCCUCCCACCCGCCGCCGCUGGCUGCGAAACUCCAGUUCCCCCCCGGGCCUGGCUCCCGCCACCCGCGCUGCCCGGCUUCCCCGCCCCUGGGCGAGGGGCCGACAGAGGAGCGGGAGGCCCCCGAUCCUCCUUCCUUCCUUCCGCAGCGCAUGCUCUCCCUGCCCCGGGAGGUGCCUCCGCAGCCCCGCGGACCCCCGGCGAGGGCCGGCGAGCCUCUUCCCACACGGGCCCGCCGCAUGUGACUGGCACGGGUGAGCCCCGUCCCUCACGGAGACGCAGCCCCGCAGCCGCCUCCCCAGCGGGGCCGAGAGCCUGACCCUCCGCUCGCCCUCCGGCGGCAAGGGGGGAAGCCCGGCGUGGCUCUGAGGGCGCGGAGGCCGCCCCUUCAUCCCCCCGCCCCGCAUCGUCCUCCCAUUGCCCCUCUCCCCCCGCCCCGCUAUGUCCAGCGAGGAGAGCUACCUGGCCAUCCUGCGCUACCUGACCAACGAGCGGGAGCCCUAUGCGCCGGGGACGGAGGGCAACGCCAAGCGGAAGAUCCGCAAGGCGGCCGCCUGCUACGUGGUGCGCGGCGGGACCCUGUACUACCAGCGGCGGCAGCGGGACCAGCAGCGCUUCGCCGAGCUCGAGGUGGUGCUGCAGGCCGAGCGCCGCGACCGCCUCAUCCGCGCCGCCCACCUGGCGCCCGACGGUUCGCACCGCACCCGCCUGCACACCUGGCAGGGGCUCUCGCAGAAGUACUGGUGGCGAGGUAUUCUUAAGCAGGUUAAAGAUUACAUUAAAGAGUGCAGCAAGUGCCAGGAAAAGCUAGAUCGCUCUAGAUCUCUGUCAGAUCCUUCUGAAAUGCUGGAGGAACUAGGACUGGAUGCAAAAUCUCAUGAAGACAGUAAUGAAACAGAUGAUGAAUCGAGUAAUAUGUCAUCAAUCCCAGCUGCAUCCCCAAAGACUGUGAAGAAGAAGCCAAUAGCAAAGCAUGAGCUUGUAUUUGUUGACAGUAAGGGCCUUGUGAAGCAGUCAUCUUCCAAACAUUGUCUGUCAGUCUUAAACCAACUGAAUCAGCAGAGGCUUUCCAAUCAGUUCUGUGAUGUGACUCUGCUGAUUGAAGGAGAGGAGUACAAAGCUCACAAAUCUGUCUUGGCAGCCAACAGCGAGUACUUCCGAGAGCUCUUCAUUGAGAAGGGAGCUGUCUCUAGUCAUGAAGCUGUAGUGGAUCUGUCAGGGUUCUGCAAGUCCAGCUUCCUGCCUCUAUUGGAAUUUGCUUAUACAUCAGAAUUAACUUUUGACUUCUGUAGCAUGGCAGACGUGGCCAUGCUUGCCCGGCAUCUCUUCAUGUCAGAGGUCAUAGAAAUCUGUGAAAAUGUGCACAAACAGAUGGAAGAGAAGCAAAUUACAGUGUACCAAAAGGGAGAUAUCCAAACUGUGGAGUCAACACAAAAUUUAGCAGAGCAGUCUGAAGUUGAGAUGCAGGCGGUAGACAGUGCUGAGCAGCCUGAGCUCACAGCCAGUGAAGCGCCAGCAGCUGUGAAUGGAGCUUCUUCCUCUGCAACGCCAGAGGAAGCAGCAGUACCCAAGCCUGAGCUCCUGCCCCCAGAGCCUGCGGAGGCUGCUCAGGAUGGUCUGGCAAAGCCUGUGGGGCAGUGUGAAACCACUGAAAAUCAUGUCAAGAUGCAGCUCCUGGAGAGCAACUCAGAUAGCAUCAUGUGUGUCACAAAGGCUCAGCCAUCGACUGUGGAAGCCAUGGACACAAAACAUCAAAUGGAAAUUGCAACAGAUCAGAAUGAAAGUGGUAAAGCAAAUGUAGACAGUACUUCUGAAGUGUCCUCAGAAACACUCCAGCAAAUAUACGGCAAGCAAAGUAAAGAACAGAGUCCUUUAGCUGCACAACCAGAAAGCCUUGCUUCCAGCCAGGAUGAUACUUACAAAAGCAAGCUUCGCCAACGUUCUGUUAGUGAAGGCGGAUAUAUCAGAUUGCAUAAAGGAAUUGAAAAAAAACUGCAAAAUAGAAAGACAAAUCCUAAAUCUGCAAUACAGCAGGUUGCCAUGAAGCUGGUACAAAGAGGGAAAAAAAUGAAACAGCCCAAAAGAGAGCCCACAGAAAAUAACGAAGUGGAAGCUCAGCACAAAUGCACUGAGUGUGCAAUGGUGUUCCAGCGGCGCUAUGCACUUAUAAUGCACACACUGAAACAUGAAAGGUCUAAAGAUUAUAAAUGCCCAUUGUGUAAAAAAGAAUUCCAGUAUGGUGCCUCCCUGCGAGCCCAUCUUGUCCGGCACACGCGGAAGACCGAAGUGAACACUGCAGCUGCUAAUGCAGAAGAGACAGGCGUGUCUUCAGUGAAAGGGAGAACUAAACGGGAAUUUAUCUGUGAUAUAUGUGGGAGAACUCUGCCUAAGCUCUAUUCUCUCAGAAUACAUAUGCUCAAACAUACAGGUGUAAAACCACAUGCAUGCAAGGUUUGUGGAAAGACCUUUACAUAUAAGCAUGGAUUAAAAAUGCACUUAGCUCUCCAUGAAGUACAGAAACAGUUCAAGUGUGAAUUGUGUGAAAAGUCUUUUGUCACAAAAAGAAGUCUUCAGGAACACAUGAGCAUUCAUACAGGAGAAUCCAAGUAUCUUUGCUCCAUCUGUGGAAAAUCUUUCCACAGGGCAUCAGGACUCAGUAAACACAUAAAGAAACACCAGCCAAAGCCUGAAGUUCGUGGAUAUCAGUGUACUCAAUGUGAGAAGAGUUUCUAUGAAGCUCGAGAUCUUCGGCAGCAUAUGAAUAAACAUUUAGGUGUGAAGCCAUUUCAGUGCCAGUUCUGUGGAAAGUGUUACAGUUGGAAGAAAGACUGGUAUUCUCAUGUAAAGUCACAUUCAGUCACAGACCCUUAUAGGUGUAACGUAUGUGGUAAAGAAUUUUAUGAGAAAGCUUUGUACAGAAGACAUGUACAGAAAGCCACACAUGGUAAAAAAGGAAGAGCAAAACAAAAUCUGGAACGAGUUUGUGAGCAUUGCGGAAGAAAAUUCACACAACUCCGGGAAUAUAGGAGACACAUGAAUAAUCACGAAGGUGUGAAGCCAUUUGAAUGUCUAACGUGCGGAGUAGCCUGGGCUGACGCCCGUUCGUUGAAGCGCCACGUGAGGACACACACUGGAGAGCGACCAUACGUCUGUCCAGUGUGCAACGAAGCUUACAUAGAUGCCCGGACGCUACGGAAGCACAUGACCAAGUUUCACAGGGACUACGUACCCUGCAAAAUUAUGCUAGAAAAAGAUACUCUUCAGUUUCAUAACCAGGGGACACAGGUGGAACACGCCAUCAGCAUUUUAGCAGCAGAUGUGCAGGAAGAAGAAACCAAGAUUUGCGUUGGCGAUGGUGAGAUUGAGACUGUGGUGGUGACAGGAGAGACACUUGAAGCCAUUGAAGCAGUUGCAGCUACAGAGGAAUGUACAUCGGUCUCUACUCUUUCUGACCAAAGCAUCAUGCAGGUGGUAAAUUAUGUAUUGGCGCAACAGCAAGGACAGAAAAUGGCUGAAGUGACCCAGGCCAUUGAAACUGUAGAAGUGGAAGUGGCCCAUGUUGCAAAGACAGAGUGAAUAUAGUAUAUGAGAGAGCAAGAAGGGUGAGGUCUUAAUGAUCUGUGAAAUCUAAGUAUUUAACUGGGCAUCUGAGGCUUACAGUGAUGUCUAUUUUCAAGCAGUUAUUCCCCACUACUGAAUGUCUUGGUGACGAAGUAAUGCACCAUGUGUUAUGGGGGAAAAUGUUAAGAUGCUUCAGUGUGCACCAAGGCUUUGAAGGCAAAUAUUUGUGCACUGGCUGUAACAGAGAGAAAAAAUAAAAUGGAAGAAUAAUGUUUUCUGUGUCAGGGAGUAAGUAUCAUGCUGUAACUUUUAAAAAAAGAAAAAAGGAAAAAAAAAAAAAACAUAAAGAGGCUGCACUAAAAACUAGAAAUGCACAGCUAUCGGUUUCAUUUUUAUUUUUUUUACUUCUGUUUGUAUGUGCAUUUCAUGAAGUUUGUGAGCAAAUUACCUGUACCAGAUUGUCUGUUUACUCCCCUACAACAAGGGGAUGGUAGAAUGCUUUGUGCAGCUUGUGCUUCAAGUGACUUUUUUCUUUGGGUAGAUGCACCAUCAGCAGUUAGAGAAUCUCAGUUUUGAAGAACUUAAUUAGAUUCCAGGUCAGUGGGCGGCAGGUUGAAGGUUCAGCAAAGUGCUGUAAAAUGUUUUAGAGAUAAUGGGCAGGGGUCCACUGAAGUCAGAGGAAGUGGUUCUCUGAGACAGAUGGUGAAUUUAAGCUGACCAGAGGACAGCCCACUGCAGGGAGGCUGCUCGGAGAAGUAAACUGCUUUUUAUUUGUAAGUGAGGUUGCUUACACUUCAUCCUCUGUGCACAACCAUGUUUAGUUUAAUGAUGUUUGGUUGUGUAAAGGAAGCUGUCGCCUGCACUGUUGUAUGUAUCCAAAGCAGGCAGCUUAACGAUGGAUGUUUCUAAUUGUGCAUUAUAUUUGAUGUAGUAACUCUCAAAGGAAAGAAGUCUAAUGGCAUGCUGUGGGAAUAUAAAUAUACUGAAGAAGUCCAACGAGGUACUAUCUGGUCCUGUAUCAUGUUGGAAGGAGGAGCCCUGCUAAUUCCCACAUGGGACACAUGGCAAUAUCAGGAUAGACAACUAUGAAAAUCUUACUAUGGGGUAAAUAUUUUUUUUUCUCAAAAUACCAGAGUCUUCAGAAGAUCUUAUUAGUGCUGCUGUAAGGAAAUACUUCUAGUGCAAGCUAAUUCACAGUGUUACACCACAUCGAUGGAAAAACUCUUCCUAGGUUGAAUCACAGCCAUGCUUGGCCCAGGUUUUAUUGUCUCUGAUUUAACAGCAAGAAGAGUGACCAUCUUAAUCUGUACAAGGUGCAGGUUCUUUCAUUGUUGUUUGUUUGGGCUUUUUUUUAAAGCAAGGAACAAGUCUGUCAAGGUAACUGAAUGUGCUAUGCAUAUGAACAAUCAGAACUGUAUUCUUUAAAGCGUUCUCAGUUAAUAGUAUUAUCAAAUGUUUCACAACUGACAGCGGCAAGAUGUCCAAAGAGCCAGAAGCCUGUAAUAUCACAGGCUAAACUUCGUAAAUAAAGUUAUAUCUGUGUAACUGUGUGGUACCUGCAAAACAGACCCACUGAACAAAAUUUAAGCAAAAUCUGUGACAAAGUAACCACCUCAUUUGAAUUAGUAUUUCUACCGUUCACCUUCUUAACUGAGUAUCUGUCCACUAAGCUGCAGAAUGGACUGUUCUUUCAAUACUUUGCAAGUUUGUAGAUAAGCAGUUGCUGAAAAAUUUUUGAGCAAUACACAGUUUGAGUUCUGGUCUGGAAUCUGAAUUAAUCUGUAGGUGACCAUUUCAAAGGACAGGGUCUUCUUGCAGAGAAGUAAUGUAGUUAUUUAUACAUCCUGCAGACCUUUGCAAUUGUGUUAUUUUCUAAUUUCCAAAUGAAGUAAAACUAAAAUUAAUCUUUAAACAUAAAAAAUACUGAUAGCUGUAACUCUUGAAUUUUUCUACGGUCAAGAAUCUUGAGAUAGCCAUCCUGUUUAAAAUUAAAAUACUGCCAUUAUGAUGGAAAAAGGUUAAAAAGAGCAAUAGGUAAACUAUAAAAUUCAAUGUUUCUAUCUUACAAAUAAUUAUGUAUUACUAAAGUGAGGAAAUGUUCAAGGAAAAAUAGCUGUAAAUAGUACUAGAACAUUAUUUGUAUAUUUAGUGUGUUACCUUACAAAAAAUUACCCAGCACCUUAGUUUAAUCUUUGGUGCAUUUAUUUAUUUGCCCAACCUAUGGAAGAAACGGAAGUGAACCUGAAUUUCAGAGCCUUGUUACCCACUGUAAAAAUGCUUUAACUGACUGGAUGGUCUGCCGUUCAAAAAACAAACAAAAAGUCGCAGAAGGUUGUUUCCUGAACAAGACUCAGACAGGAAGGUCAAAGCUGAAUGUUGCGGCACCCCUUCCCUACCGUGUUGUGCCUUACCUUUUCUGAAGGGCAUGAGGUAAGCAGGGAGUGUCACUCUGAGCUUUGCUGUUCCCCUGUGUGUGAAGUUGUCUUUUUUCCUUUGGACUUCAGCUUUUAAUUUAUAAGAUGUUUACUACCCUUCUGCAAUCUAUUUGAAGUCAGACUGCAAAUAUGCAGUUGCCAUUAUUUGAUUAUUUUUUUUUUAGAGUUCAUGAGAAAUAUCCAUUUAUAAAGUAUUCCAGGUGAACUCCUGUACAUAAUGGAUUUGAUUUGUACAUUCUGCUGGUUUUAUUUAGUGUUAAAUGUAUAAAGUUACGGUUAUUUCUGUCAUGAAAUAAACUAAGCUUUGCCAUGAA